AUGUCGAGCCACUCCCCCUCGCCUGAGACACCAGAGCGUUCUCAAACCCCAGCUUCGGUCUCCUCAGCAGCGGCCGCGCAGAGAUCGUGCGCCACUUGUCGUCGACGCAAGGUCCGCUGCGACAAGAAGUGCCCUUGCACGCCGUGUUCUCGCGGCGGCCACGCAUGUUCCUAUCCGCCCAAGGAGCCGAGAGCGCCCAGGGUGCGCAAGGCGACCAUCAAUGACGUUGCGACGAGGAUAUCGAGGCUGGAGGAGACGCUGACGUCCAUUCCUGGCCGACAGGCAUCGCACCCGCACGCCCACUUUCUAGCUUCGCCAAAAACGGUUAUUGCUGGUCCGCAUGCAAACCCCUUGAGCGCAGCCGCCGCCGUUGGGCAGGAAACUUCGCCGGCGGCAGUUGGCAGUCCCCAUCCUGGAGGGGAGAUAUUGCUGGAGAAGGGCUCGUCGACGCAGUACUUCAAUGAGGUUCUGGUCUCGCGUGUUGUUGGGCAGGAGAGCAAUGUUCGUACUGCCCUCGCAACACCGAGAGCGGACGACACGUCCCAGGCACAUGUCCCAUCGCCCUUCAAUCCCAUGGGAAUACUAUCAACGCCCCUAUCGUCCCAUCCACCUUCAAGUUUCCACCCUUCUAAAUAUACCGCUGUGCAACUAUGGAGGGUCUUUGUGGACAACGUCGACUGCUUCUUCAAAAUUCUCCACAUUCCGACUUCGGAAGUUUUGGUCUACACGGUGAUUAACGACCCAGCAACAGCUUCACCCGAGGCAUUGGCCCUGUGUUACGCCGUAUAUUACGCCUCCACUGUGGCUCUCGAUGAGAGAGAGGACUGUCCACGGCUUCUAGGGGAGCCCUGGUUGAGUGCCCUGCACCGGUAUAAAGCCGGACUCGAACAGAGUUUUGCCCAGGCAGAUUUGCUGGAGAACCCUACCGUCUUAUUACUACAGGCUAUGGCAAUCUACCUUAGCGCAGUACGAGUCCACAAUACGGGCCGCUCCGUCUGGACCUUCAAUGGCCUAGUCAUAAGAAUCGCGCAAUCCAUCGGUCUCCACCGUGACGGCACGAAACUCGGCCUCUCGCCGUUCGAGUCCGAAAUCCGCCGCCGUCUGUGGUGGUACCUGCUGGGCCGUGAUGGCCGUGCUGCCGAAGAUCUCGGCCUGCUCGACCUUCCCACACCUAAUGUCAUAAUGUCUGGCGGCGCUGAGCUCCCACUCAACCUCGAAGACGGCGAUCUGGAUCCGAACAUGAAGGAUCUACCACCACCCCGCAAAGGCUGGACUCGCAUCCUCUCGUCCCUCGCCAACAUUCGCAUUUGCCAAACAUGGGCUGACCUCCUCCAACUAUCAUGGUCCAACCCUUCGACCCCUCCACCUUUCGAGGCUCGAGAUCGCAUCGUCGCAAAACUAGUCGAAACCGUCGAGACCCUUAUCAAAGAAUGCAACCCCGUCAUUCCCAUGCAAAGACUCACAAUCACAACUUGUCGCUUCAUUGUCCGCAAAUUGGACUUCGUCACGCGCCAGCAGUGGGAGGCCCACCACCAUCCGGAACAACAGGAGCUUUUGGCGACGGAGGAAACCCUCCUCGAGGCACUUGGCCUGUUUGAAGAAGGAGAGCACUUGCUGAAGGAUGAGCUGCUGCGUCCGUAUACCUGGUCAAUGCGAUCAUACCCGCAGUAUCACUUGAUGCUGUUUAUUCUGUGGAACAUAUGCCUGCGCCCGAGGCGGUCUUGCGCCCUUCGAGCCUUCAGAUCUGUAGAGAAAUACGUCAAGGUGAUGGAGAAGACGGGUACAGCCGUCUUUCGGGGACCCAAGUGGACGAUUUUCAAGGCGUUAAUGACACGCGCCGCGGCGUCAAUACCAUGGCAUGGUUGUGAGAAAGGCGGACAUCAGUUGCCAAUGAGUGAGGUGCCUGUGAGCGCUGGUGUCGAUCAAGGACUCGGAACUGGCAUCAUGCCGGGGUCGACAACCCGCAAAUUUGUCGAGAUGAACGAUGCAGGGAUGUUCGAGGACAUGCAGCACAUGCCUGACUGGAGUACCCUGCUACAAGGCUUUUUGCAAGAAGAGUCCAAUUUCUCAGUCAUGAUGUGA